CAUUUACAGGGAGCAGCCAGUGUAAUAGGUGGGCAGUCAUUGGGGCAGUGCUUUGCGGAGGGUAGUUAAGUCUUUGAUCAGGUUUAGCUGGCAAGUCAGGUCUUUGACAUUUGAAGGCGAGGCUGAAAUGGUCUGAACAGAAAAGCAAGCCUGGCGCGCGCACGCACACACACAGAGCGCGCGUGUGUGUUUUUUAAGAAAGAGAGAGGAAGGUUGGGUGGAGGAGAGCAGGGAACGGUGAGAAUUCAUGCUGUGUUAGCAUCCCCUCAGCAACUCCAUCAAUACCGCAUACAGCUGAGAAACUGGCAAAGGUCCUCCGUGCUGCGUUUUCAGGCUCGGACAGAGAAACAGAGCAACUCCCACAACCCGUCGGCUCAGUGUGCUGCUCCUGCUGCUCCUGCUGCUGCUGAGGGGGACUCUGAGAGGGGCAGAGCGCACACACACGUACACUCACCCACACACUCACUCACUCACUGGAGCCUCUGCUGCAUCAAGAGGAAGAAGAGGAGUGCGGAGGAGGGUACGGAGGGACACGCAGACUGGGAAUACUCUAGCGGAGAGAGCCAAUCCGGAGAGGGAGAAGACUGCGAGGAGACCCGUGCUAAUAUGCUGCCGUGCUCCGCAGGGACGGCUGAGCACCAGGGAGUUUGACAGGAUCUCAGUGCACCUGCUCCAUGCACGCGGAUUAUGUGGAGGAGCUGACGUGUGCGAUGGCCAGCUUGGACCUGCAGGUUCUCAGACCUCCAGCUCUGCAUUACUGUUACCUCCAAAACAAGCAGCCCAGCUCCACGAUCUGACUGUACCUCCCCUCCUCUCCUCUCCCCCUCUCCCUCUCUCUCCCUGGGUGUCCCUCAAUCCUGGGCCCACCAUGGGAGGAUGCUUCUCCAAACCCAAACCAGUUGAAGUAAAAGUGGAACUCUCUCUCCUGGAUAAAGAAAAAGAGGUGGAUGGGUUGUCGCCUAAUGGCAAAGCGAGUCCCUUUGCUGAAUGCAGACCUAACGGGGCCCUGGCUCACGGCUCUGAUGAUGACUCCACCCUGCUCCCUCUCUACCACAAACCCCGGGACUAUGUGGAGGCCUCUGUGUGCCACGUUAAAGAUCUGGAAAAUGGACAAAUGCGAGAGGUUGAUUUGGGAAGCGGCAGGGCUCUGUUGAUUAAAGAACAUGGGGAGUUCACAGCCAUGGGCCACAAGUGUCCACACUAUGGAGCACCUCUGGUUAAAGGUGUGCUGUCCAAAGGACAUGUACGCUGUCCCUGGCACGGUGCAUGUUUUAACAUUGCAACAGGAGACAUUGAGGACUUCCCUGGACUGGACAGCCUGCCCAUCUUUCAGGUCAGAGUUGAAAAGGACAAGGUGAUCAUUCGGGCAAACAAGCAGGCUCUUCAGUCACAGAAAAGGUCAAAGCCCAUGGCCCGAUGUUCAGCAGUCAUUAACUCCAACACAGGAUUCAGCCAUGUUCUCAUUAUUGGCUCGGGUCCAGCCGGUUUGGUGUGUGCAGAAACACUGAGGCAAGAGGGCUUCACGGAUCGCAUUGUCAUGUGCACUAUGGACAAACAUCCUCCAUAUGACAGGCCUAAACUGAGUAAGUCCUUAGAGAGCACGGCAGAGCAGCUGAGACUGCGCUCCAUGGACUUCUUGCAAGAUCAUGACAUUGAACUUCUCACAGAGAAAGAGGUGGUGGCAAUAGAUGUGAAAACACAAUCUGUGAUAUUUGAAGAUGGCCUGAGGAUGGAGUACAGGAAACUCUUUAUUGCUACAGGAAGCAGACCAAAACCAAUGAACUACAAGGGCAAAGAUGUCAGGAAUGUGUUUCACCUCAGGACGCCCGAGGAUGCUAACAGCAUAGCGAGGCUAGCCAACAACAAGAAUGCAGUGAUUGUGGGAACGUCAUUUGUGGGUAUGGAGGUGGCUGCAGCUCUGACUGACAAAGCCCACUCAGUCUCUGUCAUCGGGAUUGAGUCGGUCCCUUUUAAAAAAGCUCUCGGGGAGAAAGUAGGGAAAGCCAUAAUGAAGCUGUUUGAAGCAAACAGGGUGAAAUUCUACAUGCUGAACGAGGUGUCAGAGAUGGUUGGCCAUCAUGGACAGUUGAAAGAGGUUGUACUGAAGAGUGGAAAAGUCCUGCGGGCAGAUGUGUGUGUCAUUGGAGCAGGAAGCGUUCCUGCAACAGGGUUCCUGAAACAGAGCGGCAUCCACUUAGACUCCAAGGGCUUCAUUACUGUGAACAAGAAUAUGCAGACGAAUGUUGAUGGGGUCUUUGCUGGAGGAGAUGUGGUGAUGUUUCCUUUCCCACCACGCAACAACAAGAAGGUGAACAUCCCUCACUGGCAAAUGGCUCAUGUACACGGAAAGGUAGCAGCUCUUAGCAUGAUGGGCAGAGCCACUGAGAUCAAAACCGUGCCUUACUUCUGGUCAGCCAUGUUUGGGAAGACCAUACGCUAUGCAGGUUAUGGUGACGGAUUUGAUGAUGUCAUUAUACAAGGAGAUCUGGAUGAACUACGCUUUGUAGCAUUUUAUACAAGGAGUGAGGAGGUGGUUUCUGUCACCAGCAUGAACUAUGAUCCCAUUGUAUCCCGAGUGGCAGAGGUCCUAGGAUCCGGAAAGACGAUUAAGAAGCGAGAUGUAGAGAUGUUAACACGACUUGGCAAGACUGGAGACAUUUCUUGGUUGAUUGACAAAGGCUCUCAAUGACUUCCCAUCUGAAGUUCCCAGUCCCUUCGGACACCUCCAUAUGGACACUCAUGGUGCUGAGACACUGAGCAGCUAUCACAGUCUAUUCACAACACACACAAACUUGCUGAUAUGACUGUCUGUUUGGGACAUGCUUACCUGAGGACAUCACUCAAACUUGCUUUUUCUCCUAAGAGACACUUUAAAAUAACAAAAGGAGCCACGCGCAACCUGAAAACACUGAGCGACUGUGUUGGCAGGUCUUUUAUUAUCGAUGUUGUCUUGUUUCACAACGAAGCAAUACCGGUGUCAGCCUCCGUGCUGCUGCAAGAUGUAUCUACCUGUACACUUUGUUUAUAAGAAGCCAGGGAAGGGCAAUGAGUUUUUUUGUACAGAUAAUAUUGUAAAUAGUUAUAAUCCUGAAUGCACUGUAACAAAAUAAGAGCAUCCAUUUUCCAGUGAAUGACAGACGUGGUCGUAUGCUUGCUACAGGCCGUAGAUCUGCAUGGUAUAACUUGCUAUAACAGGAGUUAAAUUAAGCCCCAAACUAGUAAAAAAAAAAUUAAUGUAGACACAUGAGCAAAGCUUAAAUCUGCAACAAAAACAAACUGUGUUACCACUUCAGCACAAGCCUGAAUGCAGCUUUUAACCUACUUACCAACUCUCACUCGCAGCGUUAAUUUGUGAUUUAUUAUAAUGGUUAGACUCACAGCUUACCUCUCUGUUAUGGUUGCCUUGCUAGUAGAGUGCACAAAUGGAAUUCUUAUUCUUUGAUCGCAUACUAGUGCUUGCACUGUAGAUUCGUGUAUUUUCUAACAAGUAGGUAUAACGCCUCGAAAAUGAAUAGUGAGCAAUAGUAGCUUAAGGUUAUUUUGGAUAGCCGUCACCCCCGUAGAGACGUUGUUUGUUACUAACUCAGGGAACUGAGGAUUGUGGCCUGGGUUUGCCAGUCCCUCUGCAAGCAGAAAAAUUUAAUUUGUUGCUUGAAUAUUUCCUCCCGGUUACUGCAGUUUUACUGGUUCAGAGCUUGCAAAUGCGCUUCAUGAUAGAAAGCAGAUAUUUGAUUACAUCCUGGAGUGCCGCAGAUCCCGAAACACUUGAGCUCUGACACACACGUCAACAAAGCGAUUUAAAAGGCAUUGUUCUCCCUGCAGAGAUGUCUGGAAUGGCAUUUUUAUAACUAAACUUUGAAAUAAAAGUCUUCCAACAAUAACCGCUUUAUGUUACAUUUUAUUUUUCAUGUUAUUCUACUUGUUAUUUGUAUGUCUGUUCUUGACUUUAUUAACUGGAAAAAAAAAAACGUGUAACAGGUUUAAAAAAAUGUUUAAUGAUUUCCAAAGAGGUGACAGAGCAUAGUUUUUGCAUGUUUUUCUUGGCAGAUUUCAUUCUUUGAUUCAUGGUUAUUAAAAAUAUAGAUGAAAUCACUUGAGUCUAGAUUUCAUGCAGUAGCACAAACAUUUCACAGAAUUUAUAAAUUAAGUUUCACAACUAUUCAUAUAAAAAUUGGGAGCCAUCUAACAUUAAAAUACAAACAAACUGGAAGUGUUCACAACUAUGUUGCAAAUAGAGGUUUGGAUAAAAAUAAGGAUGCACCGAUCCAACUUCUCUAUUCUGAUAAAAAUUCUGAAAUGUCAACUCAGUGCUUUUGCGACCAACUCUUUCAGUGCGCCAGAGACGUGUAUUACGAAGCAAGAUUUCAUCUUAGCCAGGUAACUUCAAGUUUAGCCCUGGGUUUUCUGGAUUACGAAGGCAGUUCACAUCUUUCUGGGAUAUAUGACCAUAGAAACUUAUGCCGGACAGCUAAUCUGCUCUGGAGCAGGUUAUGUUUGAGAAGAGAGAUCAGCAGGUAUCCCAUGACCAAUCAGUUCUCCCAAAAAUAGUAUCACCAUUCCUGGAAGAGCCCUUAGGCCUCUCUGCACAGACACUUAAGUUUUUCUGUCAUUAGAUUCAAUAAGGAAUAUAGAUAUAGACUCCUUCAUAUAGGAUCCUAAAACAGGGCACACAUUUGUACAUGUGGACCUCAUUUGCACCUAAGUUAGAUCUAUAUUUGACCUGUUUUUCAUAUUUUUUCUGCAGCUGAAAGAAUAAGGCAACAAUUGCCUUACACACAUCUCAUCCUCAAUUUACUGUAAUCUGGCAGAUCCUGCUGUUUAUUCGUGAUAGAGCUAUAAUGCUAGUACGUCUGUUGACUUACACAGUCAGCAUUUAUACCAGCUUUCCUUCCUGGCUUUCAAUCGGCUAGGCUUUAUUAAUGUAGUAGUGCUUUUCCAGUCUUACUGACCAAAAUUCUUCAUAAAGUGCCUUUUAAUAAUAUAAUCUUUCUAUUAUGUUUACACACUCUGCUUUCAGCCAGUAUUGUGUGUUUGAUUGCUUCAUACUGUUCUAAUAUUAUAGUUUUACCUCCCAUUGUAAAAUCAGCCUAUAAAACGGACAGAUCUGCUGUUAGAGAUUGAUCAGAUGCAAUUCAUGUAAACACAUUCGUAGCCAUGUUGAAAAGUUAACUUAUCGAGCUGAUAACCAUCUUCAUGUGACUGAUUAACCUGUUUGCUAAUGUUAGAGGUUUAUUUAUAUCAGUCACAGCAAUAAAUUAAAAAAAAGAAAACCUCAAAAGCAGCUCUAUUGUUAAUGUCGAGCAUUGGAUCAGUGCAUCUCUAGGAAAAAGCACCUCACAUGUUGACGUCUGUCAACACUAAUAAAUACAUCUACAAACAGUGUGGUGAAGGCAGUAUAUGGUGUCACUAGUUAAAUCUAUCAAUAAAGGACUGGCAGGGUUCAUUGCUUAUUAACACAAGUACGAGGUACCCGACAGCGCAGUUACUUCACUGCACUAUGGUGUCCCUGAGGUGCAAAACACAACAAAAACUAAAUGAAACUGAAACAAGCAAACAAAAAAAAUGUAAAAAAAAACAACUCACUUUUUCUCAGAAGCGUUGGGGCAACAUUUCUUAUUGUGACCGGACAGGAUCAAGCUCACCGCUACAGUCGGGAGGGAUUUCCAGCUUCCAUGCUACUCUUAUAUUAAAAUCUUACUUGAAAGCCCUGAGGCCCACUUAAAAGACAUAUGGUCAAAGAGAUGAGGUUGUGUUAUGCUGAGAGCUACAAUCCCCACCAUGGGACCAUUCGCAGCUAAAGCAGAUCCCCAGCAAGGAUUUCUAGGUGGCAUUUUUAUAGCCUCUAUUUGAUAGAAGAGUAGAGAGCGGACAGGAACGUAAGGCGGGAACACAGGGCCAAUCCAGCCUUUUGACACAUGGAAAUCAUUACAAUGGUGACACAAGGCCAAAAUAUACAAUAUUCUCUGUUGGUUUGAACAAUGGGAAUAAUGUGUUUGAAAUCUACAGGCGGUAGGGCAAACGUGCUCGUAUAAUGAUGGAGUCAAGUCAGAUUUAAGUAUUUAAAAUUACCUAAAUACGACUUAAAAACUAUUUACUGUAUAAUGAAUUUUAAUUAUUAGCACCUUAUUUUACUGUAUCCAGCGCCAAGUAUUUGUAGGUAAAUAUAAUCGCAUCAAAUUUCCCAAGAAAACUGCUGAGAGUAGUACAGAAAUAGAAAAACUGACCUCAACCUGUUCCCAGGAACUUGAAUUUUAUCUGGUCACAAACAAGAAAUGUUGUCACCAACUUUCCUGUCAAAUGUUUCUUUUUGCUGUUGUGUGUGGCACCUCUAGGCCACCGUACUGUGCUGUACUGAAAGUCUGUGGAACAUCUAACAAUGAUUACACCACAACGAUUUGUAUAUAAAAAUAAGUGAUUGGCUCUUUGGAGGCAAGAGAAGGAUUCAAUGCAAUAAACAUGUUUUUAUCAGAUGUCCAACUAUAAUGCCCAGGCUUUAAUCACAGCAUUGGUUAUUGUAGCUAUUGCUUAAAACACAUUCUGGUAACACUGCGCUCAGGACAGUGUAGUGAGAUAUAAAGACCGAUCACAUGACAACAAUGAGAACUAACUUUAUAGAGGACAUCAUGAAAA